UUGGGCGAAGGCAGCGGCUUUUUUGUCUAUCGCUGCACUUGCUUUGCAAGCAGUCGGUUAUGGAACAAAUUACUGGAUGGCGAGAUAUACAGUGCGCGACAAGGUGAACAUUGGCGUAGGGUUGUGGAAAAUGACUGACUGUUCCGGGUCCUAUAACGCUCCGUGUACAGACUCGGAUAUUCCUACCAAUUACCUGAACAAUACGGUGACUAUAGUUCGAGCCUUAGAGGCCAUCACAUUGGCCCUGAUAUUUAUCUGCGCAGUUUGUCUGAUUUUCUACGUUGGCUCCCGCCGUUCCCGGACUUUCGGCAUGGCCGUGACCUUGAUUAUUAUGCUUUUCAUCACUGCUGCCUUAGGUAUAGCCGGUAUGGCUGUUUGGGUAGUACAAAUCCCAGAGUUUCACUAUCCCAGCUGGUCGUUCGGUCUAACCGUGGUUGCCAUCACGUUAAUCAUCACUGCUGCUGUUACACUGAUUCCAGAUAUCAUAGAAAACAACUACAGAGACUUGUUGAAGGUUGGUGGUCACUAUGACAACCUGGCUGUGACGUCAGAGGAAGGCAAACCAAUGACGGCGGGUGGAGCCGGGGAUUUCCGCGACGACGUAAAGCCGAUUAUUGAAUCACAGGGGCCAAAGGGAGCACCCAUGUUUCAGUAUCUGAACUAUGAUAAACGAAAGAACUUAACGCACAUGCAUUUAGCCCCGUUUUUCCAAACGAGGCUCAUAUAUUUUGUAUGUGAGGUAUUCGUUUACAUGCGCAUUAAUUUUUCUGAUCUAACAUGUGAAAUGCCGUUUUGCGGACCGGCGUCAACAUUGUCAAAAGUUGCGAUGGUGUUGUCCUUCGUCAUUCUGAUUUUACACACCUCUGGCUAUGCAACUAACUACUGGAUGAUCCGAUAUACUGCUCGUGAAGACUUGGACGUUGGGUUCGGCUUAUGGAGAAUGUCCAACUGUUCUGGAUAUAACACCACCACGUGUGCACAGUCGGGGCUCCCAGCAAAUUAUUUAAACACGAAGGUGACUGCAGUGCGUGUCAUGGAGACCGUCGUUUUGGCGCUUAUAAUUGCGUGCGCUAUCUGUCUCGCACUCUUCGUAGCCCGACGGAAAUCUCGUACCAGAGGGAUGGUCACUGCGGUCAUGACAAUAUUCGUUCUCGCAGCACUUGUGGGCGUGGCCAGUAAGGCAGUGUGGGUCGUCCAAAGCCCCACCCACCACUACCCGGGCUGGUCGUUCGGUCUCACCGUUUUCGCCAUAACUCUCAACUUCACUGUUGCCGCCAUACUUAUCCCCGAUGUCCGGCAAUACGACUACAAAGAUUUGCUGGAGGGUGGUGGAUACUACGACAACAUUGAGGUGGAGCAAGAAGACCGGAAGUCGAUGUCAGCGGGAGGCGUGACUGGAGCCGGGAUUCAGGCUGCGGAUUACAGGGACGAAGCGAGGCCCGUGAUUGAAACACAGGGACCAAAGGGAGCACCCGUGUUCCAGUAUCUGCCCUACGACAAACACAGGAAGAUGGGUGGAUUUUAAAUUGAAUACCAUAAUGCAUAAGGCAUGUUUAAACUGUUCAUGUUUUCUUCUAUUGUAUGCAAUUAUUGAAACUCGUUUUACAUAUAUGGCUUUGUGUCAUUUAAAUAUUGAAUGUCAAGUUCUUAAUACGCCACAGCACUUAUAUGUGUUAUGCUAUAAAUAAAGUUAUUGUCCAAAUUAGAUUUGCAUUGAA